UCAACAACAGCAUUUCCCCUCCCACCUGGCCCACAGAAUUCCGCCAAACGCCGUGUUCUGUUCACCCCAGCCACAACACAAUCACAGUGCAUAACUCGUAGUAGACCUCCAACUCUGGCAUAGUUUUCUUGCAGACGCUGCUAAAGGGUCCGACUUGAGAGGAAUCCUCGUUGAAUUCAAGGUUAGAGCUGCAUUGGGAGCCAAGAACGAGCAGGUGUGCUCGAGGAAAUCAAACCGUCUUAGUGCGGCUCUUUUGAAGGCAGACUUGAGUUCUGGGAGCAAGAAACGGACGACUUUUGAGUCGAUUCAAAAGUCACAACGUUAAAAGGAAAACGUCUUAGUGCGGUUGAGUUCAGGGAGCAAGAAGCGGACGUCGAAAUGCUUCUCUUACGGGGACAGCGCCAGCAGGCGGCUCGAGGCACGGGGAUGCGACAGACGAGAUUAACUCCACUAGUCUGGUUGCUCCUCGCUGCGCUGGCCCUUUCGCUCGCCGAGGCCGCGACUUCUACCAAACCCACCGGCGUCACCGGCACCACCGCCAGCACCGGCGGCAGAACCGGCGCCGUCGCAGCCGGCGGCAGCGACGGCGGUGACGUCGUCAGCGGAAGUUACACUCCUCCGCCGGAGUGCCCCGAGGGGGAGACGUGCGCGGAGGGGGAGGGGGAAGCGGCGGACCCGGACACCCCCCCGCCUGUGGCCUCCUGCGCCAAGGGGCAGAAGCUGUGCAGCAACGGCGCGUGCGUUAAGAUCGGCAUGCUGUGCACGCUCUCCCUGCAGUGCACGGCGGGCCAGUUCAGGUGUCUGGACAGCAGCGGGUGCGUGCCGGACGCAGCGGUGUGCGACGGGCAGGAGGAUUGCAACGAUGGGUCGGACGAGGCGGGCGACAACUGCGAGCUCAUCAGCGGGUGCCUGCAGCAGGGCCUGGCCACCUGUCCCAAUGACACCCAGUGCAUCGCCCCCCGGCAGUUCUGCGACGGAGUCAAGGACUGCAAGAGCGGGUCCGAGGAGGACCCAGAGUUCUGCGCCAAUUACAGGUGUCCACGUGGCAGCAUCAAGUGCCCCUCGUCGCCGCUAAUCUGCCGCCCCGGCGCCAUGUGUGAUGGCAAGAACCACUGCCCUGUGACGAACCCCGAGGUGACUUAUACGGAGGACGAGGAUCCGACCACGUGCAGCAGCUUCAACAACCCUUUAGAUCCCACCACCGGGCUGCCUGUCAGUGGAGCCACCAUCACCCAGGUGUCUAAGGGAGGUCCAAAAGAUGCGGGGAAGAAAGGGAAAGGCGGGGAAAAGGGCGGCGGAAGCAGUGGUGGGAAGGCCGGUGGGAAGGGGAGUGGUGGUGGUGGUGGGAAAGGUAAGGGGAGUGCAGGAGGUGGGGAUAGUGCGGGGAGUGGGAAGGGGAGUAAAGGAGAUGUUGCAGGCGGGGUGAAGAAGCAGGCUGAUAAGGCAAAAGUAGCUGCUGAUAAAGUGAAGCAAAAAUUGAAGAAUAAGGGGGUGAUUGUGCCGAAACGUGGAGGUAAGAAGUAAGUUGGGUCGAACGAAUGGGUGUCCGUAAUAGAAGUUGGAUGCGCUGAAAUUGACGUGUAUACUAGCUGCUCUUCACGAUUUGUGGGGGAUACACAAUCACAUGUUGCGAUGGUUUAUUUAUUUGUUGUGAAAUACGAAUACGGUAAUUUUC